UUUUUAUUUUGAUAACACGUGUGUGGAAUUUUCUCACACCUUUUUCACAAAAAGUGUCCAAAAUGACUUCAAAAUCUAAUAAAAUGUUUGAAAGUGAUUCUAAUUCCGAUGCUGAGGACUUCUCCUUCUCUACUAAUACAAAAUUCGCCAAAUCCUACGACAGGGCACGGCAGAAGGAGUUGAUGAAGAAAUUGAAGGAGCAUGAGCUGGAUUCAGAAGAAUCUAGCAGUGAGUCUGAGGAAUCUGAGGAAGAUGAUGGAUUUGCUGAUGAGGAGUUUGACAAAAAAUUCUUCAGCACACUUGCAUCGAUCAAGGCGAGGGAUCCUAAGAUCUAUAAGAAGGAUGUAGAAUUCUUCGGAGAUGUGGAUCUUAGUACCCGAAAGCGCUCAAAAGAAGAUAAACCCAUCACAAUUAGAGACCUUGAGAGAAAAGUUCUCUUGGAGCAUGGUGGGAUGUUUGAGGAGGUUGAUAGCAAAACCAUUGGGCCUCCUUUGAUUACGAAGGAAGAAAAGGAGGAUAAAAUGAUGUUUCACCUGAGCGACAGUGAUGAUGAAGAAGGUUUUGAUAAGCUCUAUACAACGAAGAAAAUUGAAGUUGAGGAGGAAAACGAAGAAGAAAUUAAUCCUGACAUUGUGGAGCCAAUGAAGAAAUUCUGGAAUGAUUCGAAUAUCUCAAAGGAUGAGGCAUUUCUUAGAGAUUUUGUUCUAAAGAGACCUUAUGCAAAGGUUGAUGAUAGUGAUGAGGAGGAUCGUUUCAAUUUGUCAGAAGAUGAAAAAGAUCUGGAGAAGCAAGCUGAAUUUGAACAGAAGGUUAAUUUCCGCUUUGAAGAACAAGAUCAGGAAUUUAUCAAGAGAUUUCCACGUACAAUUGCCACUUCUGUGAGGAAUGUGGAUGAUAGGAGGAAGAAGAAGAGAGCUGAGCUAAAAGAGAGGAAAGCGCGGGAGAAGGAAGAACGCAAGAAGGAGAUUGAGAAGCUAAAAGAGCUUAAAAAGCAAGAGAUUGAGGAGAAAAUCAACAAACUGAAGCAAGUUGCCGGGAGUGAGAACAUCCAAUUUGACAAUGCUGACCUCUCCGAUGAAUUUGAUCCAGACGCUCAUGAUCGUAAAAUGCAGCAGAUCUUCAACGAUGAAUAUUACGGAAUUGAUGAGGGAGAAGAUAAACCCGAGUGUCCGGAUAUUGAGGAUUUGAAGGUUCAAGAUUGGGACAACUAUGAUCCGGAUGAUGAUGAGGAAGGUGAAGAUGUUGCAGUACCACAUUGCGAUGAUCCAGACUUUAACAUGGACUGUGAAUAUGAUCCACAAGCAGCAAAGAAAGAAUUCGAAAAGGAAAUGAUUGAGAAUACGCAGUCCCGGAAACGUAGAAAGCGUCGAAGUAAAUUUGCCGAAGUCCUCCGGAAGGACAAGCCCAUCUUCAAUCCCGAAGACGAGAAGACAUACGCUGAGUACAUUGAUGAAUAUUACAAACUUGACUGCGAGGAUGUUAUUGGAGACGUAAAAUGCAGAUUUAAGUACGUCGAAACCGUUCCAAAUGACUUUGGCCUCACCGUCGAAGAGAUCUUAAUGGCGAAGAAUAAGGAGCUUAAUAAAUGGGCUAGUUUGAAAAAAGCUGUCCAAAUUCGUCCCAAGCACGUGGAAAUGAAUGAAAUUCAACAGUAUGACAAAAGGAGGCAGAAUUGGUUCCUUAAGAAGCAAAUCCUUCGUAGUGUGUAUGGGGAAGACUCCGAAGAGGAAGAUGCAGAUAGGAAUCCCAAUUCUAUACCUAAACUCUAUGAAAAAGAUGAAAAAUUAAAAAAUUCUGAUAGUGAAAAUAUUACGAAGGGGGACAAGAAGAAGAAAAUUAAAAUCCAGAAUUCAGAACAGGAAAAAACAUCAGAAAAGACGAAAGAAACUAAAAGCUUUGAAGAAAAUCAUAAAUCUGACCUAAUUUUUAAAACUCCUUCAAAAAAUAAGAAAAAGACGGAAAAACAAUCAACACCAAAAAGUCCCAAAGAAAAUGGGUUGAUGAAAAAGGAAAAUCCAAAGGAGAAUCAAAAAGAAAUUGAGGAAAUGAAACCGAAUCCAGAAAUGGGCGAAAAAAAGAAAAAGAGAAAAUCAGACGCCAUGGAACAAACUCUGCAAAAUCCUGCCAAAAAGUUUAAAUUCAGUAAAAGCUCUGGACUGAAGAACUUUGGAAAAAAUGAACCGAAGAAGAAACCAACAAAUGAAGUUAUAGGCUACGAGACUUCUCAAGGAAAGUUUGCCAUCAAUACGAGUCGUUUAAUGGCUUUCGGGAUAAAUCCAAAAAAGUUUCGGAGCAAAGUGAAGUACGGAGGUGCUGAUAAUAACAAAAACAAUCAGAAGAACAAAAACAAGAAUAAUAGUCCUGGGAAAAGUAAGAAACAAAAGAAGAAGAAGAACAAAAAGAAGUCUCAACAGAAGCAAACAAAUUAA